GCAGGAAAAUGGCGUGUUUGUAGCAUAAAUUGUGUGGUCUCCAAAUGUAUGUUCUCGAAGAGAAAAUUGGUCGGGGAAACGAGUUUGCGGCCUAUCCUUCGGCGAGUUGGCAACGUUGCCCGCGUACUCGACUGGCUGGCAGACUGGCGCUGAUCGUUGUGCUGUUUGUGUCGUCUGGUAACGCUGUGCAGUGUCACUCAAAAUUUCAAAUUUCCAUCAAUUCGGAAUGAUUUUUUAGUGCAAAAACCCAAUUUGGAGUCUUGUUUAAGGUUUGCUGGCCAUCGGCAGAGACUAAGCUGGAAUUAUGAGUAGUACAGUUGUAAAACAAGUAAUUUUGGCAAAGAGCAAAAACUUUCCCAAAAGAAACCUGUUAACAGCCAAUGGGCUGGAGUACCUAAGCGAGACAGACAACAGCAAUAAAGCUCCAUUGGCCUUAUUGGAGGCAUCUUCCUCACAGCCCGACUACAAGUCCUAUCCGGGUAGAUUGCGGACAUUCGCAAAUUGGCCAAACCGAGAGAUCGCCAAGGAGGUGCUGGCAAAGGCUGGAUUCUAUUACAAAAAUGAAAGUGAUAUUGUCCAGUGUGCGUACUGCUAUAUAGAGGGGUACCAUUGGGUGGCAGGAGACGAUCCUCUGAAAGAUCAUCGGACUUGGAGCCCAGCUUGUCCCUUUGUAAUGAAUUCGGUUGAGCCCAGUUCGAGUAGUAGUAGUAGUAGUAGUAGUAGUAGUAGUAGUACUACUAAUAGUCGUUCGCGUGCUGCUGACACCUGUGGCUUGUACGGGGUAGAAAUCCUGCCAAAUUCAGUGCCCGAAGACGAAAUCCAUUUAGAAAGAUUAGGCAUUCACAAAAACAAAGGUCCCGCUCAUCCAGAUAAAUUUUCGUUUGAAGCCCGACGGGCUACAUUUGGCACAUGGCCAAAGAGCAUGAAACAGACCCCCCAAGAGUUGGCCGACGCUGGAUUUUACUAUCUCGGCACUGGGGAUCAAACGAUUUGCUUUCACUGUGGUGGCGGCUUGAAAGACUGGGAACAGAACGACAGCCCUUGGGAGCAGCACGCCCUUUGGUUCCCCAAGUGUUCCUACGUGUAUCUGAUGAAAGGGCCCGAAUACAUUCAGGAAGUUAAGGAUAAGCGAAACCCACGACCUUCGGCCAGUUCUUCGGAGUCCGAAACCAAAGAAAGUGCGAAAGAGGCAAAAGCCGAAGAAGCUGUUGCUGCUUCUAGUCAUGUUUUGUCUUUCUCUUCAUCGACAGAGAAAGACAAAACAUGCGAAGAGAAGACCCUUUGUAAAAUCUGUUACAAGAAUGAAGUGGGUGUAGUUUUUUUGCCUUGUGGACACGUUGUUGCCUGUGUAGAGUGUUCUUCCGCUCUAAAAAAUUGCGCAAUUUGUCGGAAACCCUUAGAAGCCACGGUCCGAGCGUUCCUAUCAUAGACAAUAGUGUAAGCAAUAUGGAUUUUAACUAUUGUUUAAACCAGCUUUUUGUUGGAAAUAAAGUCAACAUGAACUUUUCUCCCCAGAAAAUUUGGACGUCUAGUCAUUUCUUUGUAGUUUGCAAAUAUAAAACUUGUCAAAAGUGUAAUUUAGCAUUAAAUAGAUCUAUUUUUAUUAA